UCAUUUCCGAAGUCUGGCAACCUUAUUUAAACUUACUGUCUUUUUUGGGGGGUGUUAGAGAAAUGCAUUUAAAGUGCUUUUCGAGUGAGCAGAAAAUGAGGUGUAACUGCUGACGACACUCAGUGGAAAUUUGAAGAUUAAUGGAGGACUUAAAUUGGCACCCAAAGGUAACAUUUUAUAAAUUGCUUUUAUCAUAUAUCCAUUUGGAAAUUUUGUCCAGUGCAACAGGGACAGAGUGGACCCGGGUCCAGUCCCAGGAAUACUGGGCCUGAAGCCGGAAUGUUUCUGGGAGGUGACCGGAAACUGGAGAGCCAUGAAGAUGUCCAGUCGGACACCUGGAGCUGUGUUGACAUCACCUGGAUCACUGAGUUCUUGAAUAGCAAGGUGGGAAAGUAUCUGAGUGACCACCCCUUCAUCACACUGGUGCUGCUUGUAUUUAGUUUAACAACCUCGGUACCUAUUGGGUUAUUCCUAGCAUUUGCUGCUGUUACAUUCAUUACUGUUACCACAUAUUGCAUCCUUGUUGAAGUUUUUCUGCUGACUGUCGGAGGAGUCAUCUUGCUCUGUGUUCUCUGCUGUCUUGCCGUGGUGGCCUUCUGGAUCUCCUGUGUGAUAAGCAUCCUGUACGUUAUCAGCUCACAUGUCCUCAAUUACUCCAACAUUCCCAGAACAGCUGAAAGGACAAUCUCUGCAGGAGAUAAGAGCACAGAAAAAAAACUUGAAUGACUGAGGGGAAUACAGUCUAUGCAUUUUUGUCAUGUCCAUGUUUGUUGGCCAGCGAGAAUGCAUUGUCAAAAAAGUCCAAAAUAGUUUUAUUAAAUUUGUAGGAAACGUAAAAAGGAAUUUUAUAUUUUUAUAAAGCAACAUGCCUCAUUGUUUUAUUCCUUACAUAUAGGAUAUUUAAAAACAGUGUGUGUGUGUGUGUGUGUGUAUAUAUAUAUAUAUAAAACCAUGCACCUGAGGGGUAAACUGUGCCUCUCCAGGGGUGUUUGUAUGGUUUCCAUGUGGUUCUUUGUUGGCCUCCCCAGUCCAAAGACUUGCGUUGUAUGAUUAUUGGCAACUCUACAUUGUCUGUAAUGUGUGAAUGUCUUUGUGUGUGAUUGUGCCCUGUAAUUUUCUCUGGGAUAGGCGCCAGGCUUCCCUAACACUGUAAAAGAGUUUCAUAAAAUGGAUGGUUGAAUAUUCUGUAAUGUUUCAGUUACAUGUUCAUUUGUUACAAUUGGCAAAUGUAGCCUUACUAUUAUUCCAGGUCAGCAAUGUACUAUACCAGUGUCAACUGGUAGCCCCCAGAACUACAACUGGUAUUCUGUGAAAUGAGCUUAAUAGAUUUUGUGCCACUUGUACAAACAGUGGAUUUUAAGAGCUUACACUUUUAUAGUUUAGCAGUUAUUUGUGGAUUACUAACUUGUAGAAGGGCUUUUUUUCCUUUUAGAUGUUUACUGCAUGCUGUGCUCUGCAUACAUUUUGUGUAUGUAUGUAUGUAUGUAUGUAUGUAUGUAUGUGAGUUGCACCUACACUUGACUCAUGAAUAUGUAUUUGUGUGAUUUGACUAAAUAGCUCAAAUCCCUAAUGCAUUACAAUUUAGAAAAGAAAAAGUCAAAAUAAAAAUGGUACAAAAAAAAUCAUAA